AUUGUGACACGGCGAAGACUCCGAGAGUCGUCGAAAGCACUGGGCAAAGAGCAGACCUGCUUCCAGGAAAAUGGCUUGAAGCUUCUUCCUACCACAAAUCGAUCUGCCAGUAAUAAGCCUCCUUCCCCUCGUCCUUGGCUGCUUUGUGUGCAGCAGAUGCAUGGCGGCUUACUGAUUUAGCAGGUCUGGCUACGGGACUAUAGGAAGAAACAGAGCUGUAGCAUAAUCAUUCUUGCCACUUCGAGGAGAGUGUUAUCUGCUCUGACAGAUUCAAGCCUUAUCGCGCCGUCCCAGUCUCAGCAAGAGAUCGAACUGCAAUCUUACUUACUUCCCGGUGUAAAUUUAAUGUGGUCUAGACUCGUGCACACUCUCGUCAAAAAAUAAAAAGAUCCAAGUCAAGUCAAGUCAAGUCAACGACACAGCGUCCAGCGGUGCUCCCCUGCUGUUCCCGCACAUCAUCCAUUGUGCCCCCCGAGCCCAGAUCCACGUCGAGUCCCACCCAAAAUCCUUCAUUUCCUCUCACGCCUGUCGCUUGAGCUUCCCCAGUGGCCACGCCGCGCGCCAUUGCUGAGCUUGCCGGACAGCUACCAGGACACAUCGCUGUCGUGGUAGGUGACCACGCGGGCUCCGGCGCGGCAGGCAGCAGGUGACCAGCAAGCGCGACGGCCACACGCACAUGUGAGGGAAGCUUCAGGCAGGGGAGCGAAAGGAUGUUAUUGAGCUCUGGAAACAAAAUUCUUAAUGGCAGCAUGUUUGGUCAUUGACUUGUCGGAGUGACCCGCCUCCUACCUACCGCGACCAAGUCCCGUCCAGGAACGGCGUUUUUGUUUCCGUCAGUUCAGUUGGCAUCUAAACUGAAGAAAGGUUGGAGACUUCGAGUCAAGCCAAAUCCUGUAUCACCCAAGAUUCAUUCAUCUCCCACUCCGGCUGUUCCAGCACUGAACUAAUGGCAGAGGCAGUGCUCCUUGCAAUCUCAAAGAUUGGUACUGUUCUUGGAGAUGAAAUCAUCAAUGCUGUCACAGCUGAACUAUCUGCAAAAGUAACCAAUCUGAGGGAUCUGCCGGAGAAUAUUAAGUACAUUGGGAGGGAAUUGCGUAUGAUGAACAGUGUGAUAGAAGGUUUUGAUAUGACAAACCUUGGUAUCAAUGUCGUUCAUCAAUGGAUUGCGGAGCUGCGCAAUCUGUCUUUCCAUGUUGAGGAUGUAAUGGACAAAUACUCAUAUCAUGCUUUUCAUCUGCGGGAAGAAAACUCAUUCCACAAGGUAUAUAGAGGAGCACACUAUGCCACGGUUUUCAGUGAACUUGCUGAUGAAGUAGUUAAGAUAAAGUGUGAGAUUGAGCAAGUCAAAAAACUUCCGAAGGACUAUUUCCAUGAUAAUCUGCUUCUUCCGAGAAGUCGAAUUGCAACUGAUCAAAGAGUAUCUCAGGGUUGCCUGCCAGAACUUGUUCAAGACGACGAUCUUGUGGGAAUAAAGGUCAACCAAUCAAACAUGAUUGGAUGGCUUAACUCCAAUGCGUCAGAUAGCUCAGUGAUAACGGUUUCAGGUAUGGGCGGAUUGGGGAAGACCACUUUGGUCUUGAAUGUUUAUGACCGAGAGAUGACAAAUUUCCCUGUCCAUGCGUGGAUUACAGUGUCAAAGUCAUACACAAUAGAUGCCUUGCUGAGGAAACUACUCAAGGAGAUUGGAUACAUAGAGAAUCCAUCAGCUGAAAUUGACAAAAUGGAUGCCAUUACGUUGAGGCAAGAAAUAAGGAAGAAGCUUGAAGGUGGUAAGAAAUGUAUGGUUGUGUUGGAUGAUGUCUGGGACAGGGAAGUGUACCUUAAAAUGGAAGAUAUUUUCAAAAAUCUCAAAGCAAGCCAUGUGAUCAUUACAACACGGAAUGACGAUGUUGCAUCUCUUGCAUCGUCCACCGAACGGCACCUUCAGCUCCAACCUUUGAACAGCGAUGACGCAUUCAACCUCUUCUGUAGAAGGGCAUUCAGUAAUAGAAUAGACAAGAAGUGUCCCCCGGAGCUCAAGAAUGUAGCUGAUUCAAUAGUCAACAAGUGCAAGGGCUUGCCCCUAGCAAUUAUAUCCAUGGGCAGCCUUAUGUCCACAAAGAAACCAAUAGAGCAUGCAUGGAAUCAAGUUUACAACCAAUUCCAGAGCGAGCUACUGAAUACAGGCGAUGUCCAGGCAAUUCUAAACCUGAGCUACAAUGACCUACCAGGGAACAUAAGAAAUUGUUUUCUAUACUGCAGCCUAUUUCCUGAAGACUACAUUAUGUCACGUGAGACCCUUGUCAGGCAGUGGGUUGCUGAAGGAUUUGUAGUGGCCAACCAACACAACAAACUGGAGGAUGUAGCCGAAUUAAAUCUCAUGAAGCUCAUCACUAGGAACAUGCUGCAGGUGGUGGAUUAUGAUGAGGUUGGAAGAGUAAGCACCUGUAAGAUGCAUGACAUUGUGCGAGACCUAGCUCUUACUGCUGCUAAGGAUGAGAAGUUUGGCUCUGCAAAUGAUCAAGGUGCAAUGAUACAGAUUGACAAGGAAGUGCGCCGUCUUUCAUUAUAUGGAUGGAAUGAUAGUGACGCAUCAAUGGUGACCUUCCCAUGCCUCCGGACCCUGUUGUUACUUGAUGGUGUAAUGUCCACUCAGAUGUGGAAGUCAAUCUUAUCUAAAUCCAGCUAUCUUACUGUUCUUGAGCUUCAAGAUUCUGAAAUAACCGAAGUGCCAGCAUCUAUAGGGGAUCUGUUUAAUCUACGUUACAUUGGCUUGCGAAGAACAAGAGUUAAGUCACUCCCAGAGACUAUUGAGAAGCUGUCCAACCUACAGUCAUUGGAUAUCAAACAAACCCAAAUUGAGAAGCUACCACGAAGCAUAGUUAAGGUCAAGAAGCUGCGUCAUCUGUUUGCUGAUAGAAUUAUAGAUGAGAAGCAGGAAGAUUUCAAGUACUUUAUCGGUGUACAACCACCAAAGGAUCUUUCUAAUUUGAUAGAACUCCUGACUCUUGAAACAGUGGAAGCCAGUGAUGACUUGGCAGCCCAACUGGACAAACUUAGGAAACUGCAGAGUCUGUGGAUUAGCAAUGUAAGUGCUAUGCAUUCUCCAAAGCUUUUUGCUGCCUUAUCCAAGAUGCUACUUCUUUCAAGCUUGCUUUUGAACGCAAGUGAUGAGGAGCAGAGACUUUGCCUGAAAGACCUCAACCCACAGUCAAAACAUCUCCACAGGCUGAUUAUCAGAGGUUGCUUGGCCCCUGGGACGCUGGAAUGCUCUAUAUUUCACAGCUAUGGCAAAAACCUCAAAUACUUGGCUCUAAGCUGGUCUGGUCUUCUGGAAGACCCACUCCAAAUGCUUGAGCUUCAUGUGCCAAACCUCACCUAUCUGAGCCUUAAUAAGGUGACCAGCGCAGAGAACUUGGCUAUUUCUGAAGAUUGCUUCCCACAGCUAAAGACGCUCGUGAUGAAGAACAUUCUCAAUGUCAAUCAGCUUACAAUUGGAGACAGGGCUCUUCCAAAUAUUGAAUGUUUAUAUAUUGUGGCGCUACCCAAGCUGGAUAAAGUUCCACGUGGCAUCGAAUCCCUCAGCUCACUAAAGAAGCUGUGCCUGCUUAAUCUGCAUAAGAAUUUCAAAACUCAGUGGUUCAGGAAUGGAAUGGACAAGAAGAUGUCAGAUGUUCUCGAGCUUCGCAUCUAGGAAGUGACAGUUUGGUUCUUCCUGCAAUAAUAUUCCUGACUAUAUUUGGUGGACCUGCGCUUUACGUCUUUACAACGUCAUGCAUCCACUCAAUUUCAAUAAAGUUCUUGACUCUGCUAGUAGGCUAGUAGCUAUAUAUUUCCAAACUGUCUUCAGGCUUCUUUUUCCUUGUAUGCGUCUCCUUGGUUGUAAGAGAUGCAUAAACUAAAUAAAAGAAAGCACAGCCAGGUUUAUGUACCUGUGCGCCAUGUUACUGUUGUUUCUUCAGAGUUCGAUUUUCAUAGGUGAACCUUGUUAUUGUAAUGCAUUUGACAAUAAUGUUGCCUCUAUAACAAUCUGAAUGUGAAAUUUAGUCCUGUAAUUGUGUGA